AUGGAACUCUCAUCACCCGUUACUGAAAUUUUUAACGCGUCAAUCCAAGAGAGAGUCGUACCCGUUUCAUGGACAGUAGCAGAUGUAAUACCUAUUCGUAAAACAAAAAAUGAUCUACGCCCAAUAUCUCUGACACCAAUUCUCUCAAAAACCUUGGAACAUUUUGUCGCAGAGUGGAUUAUGUCACAGAUCAGACACCUCGUUGGCAGGAAACAAUUCGGAUCACUCGCCGGCUUAUCUACAACUCACGCUCUUCUAUCGUUUUUUCAUCAUCUGUAUGGAACUACCGACCAAUCUGACCAAUGCGUGCGUGUGCUGCUUCUGGAUUUUAGUAAAGCCUUCGACAGGAUUGAUCACCAUAUUCUUAUCAAGAAGAUGGAGGAAAUGGCCAUCGAUCCCGUUCUUAUCGCAUGGGUAAAACAGUUUCUUACUGGCAGGAAACAGCGAGUGAAGAUAGGUAAAUACACCUCAAGUUUAGAACCAGUGAACGGUGGGGUUCCACAAGGCACUGUCUUCGGCCCGAUUCUAUUUAUGAUUAUGAUAAACGAGUUGUUGGUUGAUUGGGAUGAUAGAUGGAAAUAUGUUGACGACUCGUCUGUUCCAGAAACCCUUUCUAGAAAUCAAGAUUCCGACUUUCAAACUAUUUUAGAAGGAAUUACGCAGUGGUGUUGUUUUUGGAAAAACAAUCCAAAUUUCCCUCCAAUGAUCGUUGACGAACAGCCCAUUGAAGUUGUGAAAUCCGCUAAACUCCUUGGCUUAAUUUUCAAGGACGACCUAAAGUGGAAUGACCACGUGGCUUACAUAGUGAAAAAUCCGCAAAACGCCUUUACAUGCUUAGACUCCUCAAGCGAGCUCGUUGUGA